AUGGAAACCAGCUCGAAGCUAUCCAGUCGAUUCGGAUUGCGAGGAAAACAGAAUCGUCCCGAAAUCAAUGAAAUACCUGGUUGGGAUAUUGGUCCACUGGAUUCUGAAGAACAAGAAGAACUCAUACAACAAUUCGAACUACACAAUUACAGUACUAAUCAAUGGACCAUCAACAUUUUGAGUGGUACAUUUCUAUUUUGUGCUGGGUUGUUUUCAAUAUUAGCUACGAAGAGCGAGCGGCGCGUAAGUUGUAUGUUAAUCGCUGGAGUACAAUCGAUUGCAUGUUCGGUUGUGUCACUACGAUAUGAUAUCAUUAACGAUUUUAUUUUGUUCAGGCAAGUUAGGUUACGCUUCAGCAAUUCUACACUCACCAGUCUCAAUUGUGUUAUUUUGACCUUGAUUCUUUGGGUAACAAUGCAACACUUUGAAGAUACUGGACUGCUGCAACUAUUCUUUCAGGUACCACUACUCCUUUUUAUCAUCACUGUGCUUGUCAAGAAAUGGGGACGAGAUAUAGAAACAGAAUUGAGGGGAAUAAGAUCACUGAAAUAUAAGUAUAAAAACGUGUAA